AUGAUGCUGUCGUCUACCGUUCCCGAAGCUGCCAGCAGGUUACUCAGCUUUGUGAAUGCCUCUCCUACCCCAUUCCAUGCAGUUCAAACUACGGUGCAACGCCUCGAGAAGGUCGGGUUUAGCAAAUUGAAGGAAUCAGAUGGCUGGGACAAGUUAGUCAAACCAGGAGGAAAAUACUUCUUCACUCGAAACCAAUCUACCAUAGUCGCGUUUACUACCCCCCAGAACUGGAAACAGGGAGCUGGGCUGAGUAUUGUUGCUACGCAUAUCGACAGCCCGAAUCUUAGGAUUCGUCCUAUAUCCAAACGAACCAAGGCCGGGUACCUCCAGGUUGGUAUCGAAACAUAUGGAGGUGGCAUAUGGCAUUCUUGGUUAGACCGUGAUCUUUCCGUUGCUGGAAGGGUUAUUACCUCUAAUGGAUCUGGAGAAUUCAAGUCUCGUUUGAUCAAGGUCGAUCGACCUAUCUUACGCAUCCCCUCUCUUGCUAUACACUUGGAUCGAGGCGUCAAUGAUAGCCUCAAGUUCAAUCAGGAAACUGAGUUUGUUCCCAUCCUAGGCCUGAUCUCGGAACAACUGAACACGACAUCCGAGUCACCUAAAUCAAGCACUAGAGAUGUUCAAGCCUCAAGCAUUGCAAACAACCAUCAUUCUGCGCUGUUAUCUCUGCUGGCUUCUGAAUUAUCUAUAGCGCCAGAUGACAUUUUCGAUUUCGAACUGCGAGUAACACAACUCUACGACAAUCAGCCUUCUCAAUUAGGAGGCAUUGCAAACGAAUUCGUUUUCAGCCCACGAAUGGACAACCAAUUCUCCUCAUUUUGUGCGGUGGAUGCCCUGAUUGGAAGUCUUUCAUCUAAUUCGUUACUCGAAGGAAAUGUCAACUGUAUAGCACUAUUCAAUCACGAAGAAGUUGGCAGUGUCUCCAGCACUGGAGCCGAGUCGAAUCUUAUCCCUUCUGUACUCAGUCGACUCUCUCCAACUCCUGACCUGUUGGCUCAGAGCAUUGCCAGUUCGUUUCUAGUUUCGUGUGAUAUGGGGCAUGCUAUCCACCCUAACUAUACAAACAAACACGAAGAAAACCAUCAACCUCGUAUAAAUGGUGGCGUAAUGAUCAAAACUAAUGCUAAACAGCGAUAUACGAGUGAUGCUAUUGGAUCCUUCUUGAUUAAAAAGCUGGUCGAAAAGAAGGGAGGGAAGGUUCAGGAGUAUGAAGCACGCAAUGACAUGCCAUGUGGUUCAACUGUUGGUCCCUCUUUGUCUACCAUGGGCUUACGAGUAGUCGACGUCGGCUGCCCUAUGUUAUCGAUGCAUUCCAUCCGAGAGACUGCGGGCACAAGUGACGUGCAAAGCUGCAUUGAUCUAUUCCAGUCACUUUUUGAAAACUUCGCGCAGCUGGAUGCUAAGCUCGUUGCAGAAUAAAGUCUGUACAUUGUAAUAAAACGAUUUGAUCGAACCCCACGACGUAGAUGAUGAACUCAUCUACGACGAAAUCUAUGGAGGUUCCUGUAUAUGUAACACCUCUGUUAAGUCGGUUUACUUGGAACGGUUCUUACUGAUAGCCGCUGCUAAUGGCCAAGCCUGACACCUGCACUUAACAUGAUCAUUUUGA